AAAGCUUGAUGUUUUGUGAAAAAGAUUGUGAUCUUCCUUCUCUUGAAACUGAGUUUAAUCUUGAUAAUGAACAAGCUAUUGUAGAACUAACUGUUUUGCAACCGGAGCUUCCGAGUAGUCUUGUUUUGUCUCCACAGGUUUUUGAGGAAGAGCCACUGGAUUUUCCACAUCAGUGCCCAUGUCUUGACACUAGGAAAUGUUUAGAUGAUGAUCUAGGUCCUAUCUUUGAUGAGGAGGACGAACCUGAUCCAGUCUUUGAUGAAGAAGCAACAAGCAUCACAUCCAUUGCUAUGGAGAAUUAUCUAUGCUUUGAUCCCGGCACAACUCCUGCCCCUUUACCUCCUGAUCUUCAAGAGCACUUGUUUGUUUUGAGUAUCCAGGAAAGACAAGUUCAGCCUCUGAAUGAAAGCAUUGGCCGUGCCCAACAACCUCAGAUUUGGAGAAGCUUUGUUGUUCAAACCGGCUACCUUGGUGCCAGCGACAGAGGUUCAGUCCAAGAAUGAUAUCUCAACAGUCCGAAGGUCUUUUGUCUUGAAUCCAAUUUUACAAGAAAGCCAACUCAUCAAGGAUUCACUGAGGCUUGGAAUCGCAUGAAAAUCUUCACGGAUGAAGAAGUUAUGAAUUUUCCAAACCGGAGGUUCUUCAGUCCAUCUAUGCGUGAGUACCAGAUUUCUAAAAGAGAUUCAUGCCCCAGAAAGAAUCGGCCUGAGCCAAAACCGAUCCUCCAUGAACCAAAGGUGUUUCCUCA